ACACUCACAAUGCCUUGUGAUUUUCAAACAUCCGGCGACCGCACCAUUCAAAUCAGCACGAAUAGAGGUCCAAAAGAUAACCGGCGGAGCCCGGUUCCCGAGGCGGCGACCGUUACCACCACAAAGCCAGCAAAGGCACGGCCCAUCGCCCACCAGCUCGCCUCUCCCCGGCUUCAAAUUUAAAUCCUCCCUCCAAAUCACCACCAAUAAACGACAAAUCGCCCACUAGUGACUCCACUGUCCACCGCACCCCGUUCCAGCUCGCCUGCAGCCUCGUCAGGCCACGGAUGGCGACGGCCACCACCACCACGACGCCCAACCCCAAGAGGGAGCCGCUGCGCCCCCGGAGCAGCAACGCCCCUGCGGCUCCGUCUCCGGCGACGGCGAGGCGCGGGCUGGCAUCCGCGGAGAAGGAGAACCUCGGUCCGAAGAGCCUCGGGAACGGGAAAGAGCAGAAGGAGAAAGCUGCAACUGCGGCUACGGCUGCGGCUGCUGCUGAGCUGUCGAAGCCCGCGAGGCCGGCACCGGCGGUGGCGCCGACGCCGCCGCUGAAGUCGUCGUCGCUGCAGCUCCGGAUGAAGGACGAGUCGACGGAGGCGGCUGCGGCUGCGGGGGCGCCGCCCGUGCUCGUGGGGCCGAGGGGCAGGGAGCUGCUCCCGCCGCCGUCCUCGUCAUACGAGGCGUGGGACCUCUCCGACAGCGAGUCCGCGCCGGCAUCCUCCUGGGCCACGCUCCCCAACAGGGCGCUCCUGUGCAGGCCUCUGCCGCAGGACGUCGGGCGGUGCACCUGCGUCAUCGCCAGGGAGGCGGCCACCGGCGCCAGAGGAGUCGCGCUCUACUCCCUCUACACCAACGAGGGGCAGGGGCGUCAGGACCGGAAGCUGGCGGUGGCGCGGCACCGGAGGAGGAGGGGGAGGUCGGAGUUCAUCGUGGCGCAGAACCAGGACGGCAUCUUCUGCACCUCCGACAAGAACUUCCUCGGCACGGUCGCCGCCAACCUCGUCGGAUCCAAGUACCAAAUCAGGGGCCAGGGGAACCGGGUGGAUGAGUUGAAGAGCCAGUCGAAGCGGCUUCUUGGUGUUGUCGCCUUUGCCCCUACCAUCACCACGCUUACAGGGAGUUUCAGAAGCAUGAGAGCAUGGAUCCCCAAGAGCCAAUCCAUGCAGCUCAAGGCCAACAAUUCUGCUCAGAUUCAGCACAUCAGUGGACUCCCAAAGGACUGGCAGGAGAAGAAGAGCAGAGCUGACCAGCUAUGCUCAAGAGCCCCUUUCUACAACCAUAUGACAAAGCGCUAUGAACUAGACUUCAGGGAGAGGGCAGGAAGGAUGGGGUACAGGGUACAGACAUCAGUGAAGAACUUCCAGAUGACCUUGGAGGAAAACGGGAGGCAGACGGUCUUGCAGCUUGGUAGAGUUGGGAAAUCCAAAUACAUAAUGGACUUCAGAUACCCGCUGACUGGUUACCAAGCGUUCUGCAUCUGCCUGGCAUCGAUCGACUCCAAGCUGUGCUGCACCCUAUGAGAUAGACGUGCGCGGAAGAAGUGUUUGUUUUUGCAGCUGAUGUGUAGCUUAAGCGAUUGUGUACUUCCAGCCUUCUCAUCUUGAGAAGGGGGUUGAAUAAUAAUGCGCUUAUCCUUCUGCAGCCUUGUUACUUGAUCGAUGAAGUAAUAACUUUUUUUCAUAAAAAUAAGUGCUAGUGAGUCCU